AAGAAUUUCAUGACGAGACGUCGAGACCUUAGGUUCGAGAUGGACUCAUCCGCCUGGUAAAGGACAAGAUUCAGGUUCGAGAUGGACAAAAAAUCUCGUGUGUUACGUCGGCUGAUGCCUAAGCGGGAAAAUAGUCGAAAAGGGAGUAUUUUGGGCGGCAUAGUUUAAAACCCUCGAAAACAUUUCUAGUUCUAGGAUUUUUCAAUUGGUGAAAAAACUCGAACCUUCUUCAGAAAUUGAAGAUGGCGAAAGACGAUUUAAAACUCAGUUCUGCAAAGAGAUCGUACAGACAAGCAUCAAGUGUGGGAAACCGACCAGAGGAAGCUCGAUGGGCAAAUGUAAUAGGAGACAUUUUAAAGAAUAGAGGUGAAUACAUUGAAGCAUUAAAAUGGCUUCGAAUCGAUUACGAACUCUCUAUGAAAUACCUUCCUGAAAAACAACUCCUUCCUACUUGUCAAUCCCUUGGUGAAAUUUAUCUCCGUCUUCAAGAUUACAAACAAGCCAAGGUUUAUCAGAAAAAACAUUUAGAGCUGGCUAAUGAUUCUGGUGACCUUAUUGAGCAACAAAGGGCAAGCACCCAACUUGGUCGGACUUAUCAUGAAAUGUUUAUGAAAUCUGAUGAUGACCAUUCAUCACGUAGGAGUGCCAAGAAAUAUUUUAAUUUAGCCAUGCAACUUGCCCGAGCUCUGAAGGAAAACGGAGCAGCAAACGAAUCUUCAUCCUUCCUGAAGGAAUAUAUCAAUGCUCACAACAACGUUGGCAUGCUCCAAAUGGAUCUUGAUAACUAUAAAGAAGCCGAGAGAAUCCUUUUGGAAGGCUUAAGGAUUUGUGAUGAGGAAGAAGUAGCUGAAAAUGACGAUGGGCGAAGCCGGCUUCACCACCACCUUGGGUACCUUUACACUCAGCUGAGGAAGUGGGAAAAAGCGAAAGACCAUAUACAGAGGGACAUUGUUAUUUGUAAAAAUAUUGGGCAUCGUCAAGGAGAGGCAAAGGGAUAUAUUAAUCUAGGGGAAUUAUAUUAUCAAGAUCAGAGAUUUGAAGAUACUAAACUCUGCUAUCAAAAAGCUCUUGACAUUGCAAGGUCCAUGGAAGAUGAGGAUGCUCUAGUUAAUCAAAUUCAAGAAAAUAUUGGCAUUGUUGAGACUGCUAUGAGAGUGUGGGAUGACAUGGGGAAAGAAGUGCAGAACCUCAAGAAGCUGAGCAGAAACACAGGCACAGCCAUUGCUAGAGGUAAACCCGACGAAAGAAAGUGUCUUCUCCAGCAGGUUAAGUGCCUCGACACCCUCAUUGAAAAUUCCAGCCGAAUCUUUUCAUGGGACAAACAUCUAGAUUUUGCGAAAAAGAAGAAAAAAAUAGCAAGAGAUCUCGGUGAUAAGGAAAUGCUGAGUGACUCUCUUCUGGCCAUUGGCGAAUCAUACCAUAAGCUCAGGAACUUCCAGAAAGCUCUUAAAUGGUACAGAAAGAGUUGGGACACAUCCAAGUCUAUUAGGAACUUGGAGGGGCAAGCACUAGCCAAGAUUAACAUUGGAGAUGUCUUGGACUCGCAGGGUGAUUGGAUUGGUGCACUGGAGGCAUUUAAAGAAGGCUAUAGAAUUGCAGUUCAAUCCAAAGUGCGUCAAGUACAGAUUUCUGCACUUGAAAAUAUGCAUUAUAGCUACAUGAUAAGGUUUGACAAUGUUGAAGAGGCCAGGAAGUUGCAGCUCAAAAUUCAAGAAAUGAAAAAGCCUCAAAAUGCGAACCAUGAAGAAGAAGAUCCACUUAGUGAGUGUGAUGAAACUGAUACAGAAGAGUAUGAUUGCCCAUCUAAUGAAUGCAAUUCACCAGAGUUCAGCGAAUGUGCCUCUACAAGAUCAAAAUCACUCAAUACCACUGAAGAUGAUGUCCCUUUGAGUUCAUUACUUCGACCCAGAAAAACAUUGUCCAAACAAAAAGUUGCCUCGGUAGAAAGACCCUUAACUACUCCAACUGAAAGUUCCCCUAAAAGUAUGAGUAAUUCAACAGGUAAACAGAAGAUGUUCAGUGGUCGGAAACGUGCACGUCUAGUCAUUUCUGAUGAUGAGAGUGAUGGCGGGGACGAGUCCAAAUAUUCAAGAGAAAAAUGUCAUAUCCCAGAUGAGAACUUGCCAACUUCUUAUGAUUCUAGGAAGAAUGAUGGAGAGUCUGAAUUUGCCAACGGAGUUCAGGCAAGCUUCCAUCGGAUUGCCUCCAAAGGCAUACAUAGUGGUUCCACUCCUAUAAAUCAUGAAGAAAGUAAUUCUUCUUACAAAUUGGGGAGCUCUAAGCUCGUGGUUAGAAAUGACACAUAUUUCAGAUCUUUCGGCGACAAGGGAGUUGAUGAUGCUUCACAUUUUGCUACGAGUGGGUCUAAAGCUGAUGGUGAUCAUAUCUCUGAUAACCUUCUUCAAAAACGUAAUCCUGCAGAUUUUUCUGAUGACAAUUUGUUGUAUAAUAUCACAUUUAGAAUUGAUGAUAAAGUGAUACAUCUGGAUGCAUUCUCUUGUAUGGUUGGUGAGAUGCUAAGCAUUGAAUCUAUCAAAUCUGAAGUUGCCUGUCUAUAUUAUUUACAGCUGUCUGAUGAGAAGAGGUCCAAAGGUCUAUUGCCUGUUAUUCGGCAUAUGAUGUGUGGUGGUAAAGUUCUAGAAUCCUUGGAACCAGCCACAUUGAAGGAUUAUAUAUGGGGAAAAGGCUGGAUUGAAGUAACUAUUGACGUAUGGGUCCAGAAACGCUUGAUAAAGUUGUAUAUUGAUUGGUGCAAGAAGUUGUCUGAGGCACCCAGUAUCAAGUUGCUUAAGAAAUUAUACAACUUAGAGGUAUCAGAAGAUGAAAUCCUUGGAUCUGAAUGUGAACUGCAAGAUAUAUCAGUUGCACCCUUAUUAAAUGCAUUAAACAAGCAUAAGGCAAUCGCAUUGUUGGACCUUUCACAUAAUCAAUUAGGAAAUGAAACAAUGGAGAAACUUCAGCAGAUUUUUGUUUCAUCAAGCCAAAAAUAUGGAGGCUUGACAUUGGACUUGCACUGCAACCGAUUUGGUCCAACUGCUUUAUUUCAGCAUUUACAUAUUUCUCUUCACCAGAUCUGUGAAUGCCCUGUGCUGUUUGCGCGAUUAGAAGUGCUAAAUGUCUCAGGGAAUCGGCUAACAGAUGGAUGUGGGGAAUACCUUUCAACCAUCUUAGGAAGCUGCAAAGCCCUUUAUAGCCUGAACAUAGAACGAUGUUCUAUUACAUCUAGAACAAUUCAAAAGGUUGCAGAGGCAUUAAGUUCUGGUUCUGUUCUGUCUCAUCUCUCAAUAGCGCACAACAACCCAAUCUCUGGAAAUGCGAUGAUUAGUCUACUGAGCAAGCUUGCUACAUUGAAGAGAUUUUCGGAUCUAAAUCUAGGUGGUAUAAAGUUAAGCAAAUCCGUGAGUGACAGCUUAUGCCAACUCAUGCAAACAUCAUGCAUGUCAAGUUUGAUUGUUGGGAACACAAAUAUUGGUGCUGAUGGAGCACUGGAGGUGGCGAAAGCACUAUCGGUUGGGCCUCAAGAGCUUAAUACUCUUGACUUAUCAUUUUGCGGUAUAACAUCCUGUCACACUGAGAGAUUGUGCACCAAUAUCUCUUUAAUCGGGGGUAUUCUGGAGUUAAAUCUUGGAGGAAACCCCAUUGGACAGCAGGGUGCCGAUGCUUUGGUGUCUCUACUAAGGAGCCCAGAAUGCAGUUUGAAAGAUCUGGUUCUUAACAAGUGCAAUCUUGGGCUUGCUGGAAUUAUUAGAAUACUGCAUGCUCUAACAGAGAAUCAAGUUCUAGAAGAACUCAAUCUUGAAGAGAAUAGUGAUUCAAAAAAGGAUAAUACUUCGGAAUCCGACUUGAUAACACAAGGUAGCUUGAAAUUCUUACAAGCAGAAGUUGAAUCAUUGGAUGUUAAUCCCAAUAGCUGUUCACUGAAGGAAGUUGAGGUUACUCAUCAAGAAAAAGAAGAAUGUAUAGUUAAUUCUGAAAUUGAACUUGAAGUUGCUGAUAGUGAAGAAGAUCUUCCAACAAAGGGGAAGGCAGUCUUAUCGGGUGGAUUUGAAAAUAGUUGCACCAGCUCUUGCCAAAAGAACAGUUCAUUUCAAGGAAGUCAAUUAAUUGAAGAACUUUCUUCCUCCAUCGCUUUCGCGAAACAUUUGAAAUUACUUGUCCUCAGUAAUAAUGGAUUCACGACUGAUGUCGCAGAAACUUUAUAUACAUCAUGGUCUUCAAGUUCAGGUCGCGGGUUGGCACGGAGGCACAUUAAGGAUCAGACAAUUCAUUUUUCUGUGGAAGGAAAGUCAUGUUGCGGGAUUAAGGUUUGCUGCAAAAGAGACUGAUAUAUAUGUAAAUUGGAAUGUUCUUUCUCGUUGUGUUAUCAUGUUCUAGCAAACUGCAGCUCAUUUGCAAAAUUUUAGGCAUUAUAAGUAAAACUCUUUGAAUA